UUAUCAACAAGAGGCUAGUCAUGUCAACAACAAGUUUAUUGUGAAAAUGGCGACGACCGGAGUUGGAUUUCGAUGGUUAGAUAUAUUGGAAAAAGAAUUCGACAAAGCAUGUGUCGAAUUAGAUACCUCUUUAGUGGAAAUGGAUACAGAAGAUCCAGAAGUAGUAUUCUCUGCUCGUCAGAAGAUCACUACUCUGAGCUCCUGUUUUGCACAGUUGACUCACAAGGCUCUAACUAUAUUUCAAAGCAGUGCAAAACUUGAGGCCGAGCUUGUGGAUAUGAGGGCGGAAUUAGUGCAGGCUCGGGCCGCAGGAGGGUGUCAAGAUAGCGGAGACGUGGCAGGCAACGUACCGGACACGGCGCGGGCGCGUGCCGAGGCCGCGCAACUCGCUCGGGAAAACGUCGCGCUCAGGGAAACUGUGCUUGCGCUGCAUUCAGAGCUUUUUGGAGCAAGAUUAGCCACAAAGUAUUUAGAUAAAGAACUCGCGGGAAGAAUACAACAGUUACAACUGAUGGGUAGUGGCAUGCGGGCGGAACUAAGAGAUUCAUUAUGGGCUCAGGUGGAAGCGGAGAUCCUCCUGCAGCGCCACAAGACGCUGGUGCGCGUGUGCCGCGGCCUGGCACCGCGUGCGCCGCGCCCGCCCGACAGCUCGCGCGCGCCGCCCGCCCCGCGCACCGUGCGCGUGCGCCGCUCGCCGCACCUGGGCCUCGGCAUCUCCGUCACCGGAGGUCGCGAGCACGGUGUGCCGAUCCUCAUCUCGGAGCUGGAGGCGGGCGGGCCGGCCGCGCUGACGGGCGAGCUGUACGUGGGCGACGCCAUCCUCGCCAUCAACGACCAUGACCUCACGCAGGCUUGCCAUAAAGAAGCAGUUCAGGCGCUACAGAGCGUCAAAGGUGACUGCGCCCUCUGCGUUCAGUUCAUCGCUACUGACGAUGACGACCGACUCUCUGAAGAUAAUUACAGAUUUCCCUUAUAUCCUGACGAUGACGAUGUCUACGAAGAGGAGCCAGACGCGUCAGGCGCCACGCCCACCGCGCCGCGCACCCCGGACUACAACCACCACGCAUCGGGCAGUGAAUGCGGGGACGACGGGCCGUACGGCGCGCGGGGCGAGGGGGAGUACGACACACGCGGCGGGCUGUAUGCGGGGGGCGGGGGCGCUCCGUACGGCGUGCGGGAGGGAGGGGCGUACGACGCUCGCGGCGAUAGCAGCCUGUACGCGAGCGGGGACGGGGCGCCCUACGCCUUGCGGGGGGACGGGGCGCCCUACGGUGUGCGAGGGGAUGGCGCACCCUACGGCGUGCGGGAGGGUGGGGCGUACGGCGCGUACGACGUGCGGAACGACGUGGAGGUCGCCGGCUCGCACUACGCCGACUACAACAACGUGAACAACCUCUCCAUACUCGACAUGGACGAUGACUCCAUCAAAAUAGAAGCUCGACUGGAGAUGGCGCCGGUGUCGGGCUCGUCCACGUCGCCGCGUUCCACGCCUGUGCACUCUAGGACUUCGCUCAAGAAGAAACGCAAACCGCAGGAUUGGCGCACUAAAGGCGCUUACUGCGCGGUUUCGGACGCACAGUCUUCGGACGAGCCGCACGCAGCCUUGAACCACCAGACCGAACCCUCCGCCAACCGGUCCGAACCCUUGAACCAUCGGCCCGACCCACCAAACCUAAGAACUGACCCACCCAACCACUGGUCCGAUUCGUUAAAUCAUCGAACAGACUUGGUCAACCAUCGGCCUGAGAUCAACGACAACGUGACAGCCUCACAAGACACUUGUAAACCGCCGAUCUCAGAAUAUCUACCGAUGCCGCAAGAAGCAUCUCGCACGUUAACGGCUUCGGUGGCUGCUGUAACGACUUCGACGUCCAACGCUACGUCCACGACGUCCAACGCUGCCUCAAUAACGUCCAAUGCUACUUCAGCUAUGUCCAACGCUACGUCCACAAUGUCCAGCGCAGCGUCUACGUUAAAGUCCAGCGCGACGAUAGUGACUGCCUUAAAACCGACGCCGGCCCCCGACCUCCAGGCGACGCGUGAAAAUAAAGCACCUCCCUUAGAUGUCUACUACACGACUAACAAAGCAAAUGGUGACAACCGCCCGAGGAAAGAGACUAAAAGCUUUCGGAUAGGGUCGGCGCGACGUGUCACGGAGAGUGCACGGAACGGUGAAGUAGAGAGGCACGCCCUCCCGCCGCCCGCGGCGCGCCUGCUGCCCGGCCGGGGAGACCCAGACUUCGGCACCCCCGUGUGAAGCUAAGCCAACAACACAUCAGUUGCUACCCAACCGCCUCGCUUGAAAUUUAGCGUUGUCUUCGCCGGACAGCUUAUAGGUUUGGCCUAGAUUAUUUAGUGCAGUCAAGGCAUCAAGGCACAGAAGUGGGCUACAACUCUUUAUAAGUUAUAACGACAUUUGCCGCCUCGGGUAUUCUCGAUAAUGCUUUCAAACUGAUGGGUGCUGAGAUCGGGUCAGUUUGGAAUUUUGUAUUUUUUUUAAUUGGGCUAAUUCUGGUGUAGUAGUGUCAAUUCACUAUUAUGAUAUAUCGCCCAGUAGUAGUAGGGUCAAGGUACCAUCCUAUCAGGCGUUUAGUUGUCAACUCAAUGAAUAAAAAAACGUCUAUAUGCGUCAAGUCUUGUUUGCACUAAACCUGUCAUCGCACAGUUUUUGGCGGCUGGCGGAUCGCGUAGACAAUAUGCAUAUUGUAAAUUGCAUUAAUAGGCGACUGCUUCGUUUGUAGUCCACAAGAAGAUAAAACAUCAUAAUUUUGUUUUCGACAUGGAUUUUUUCAGUCAACAGAACAUUUCCUUAUGCCGCUAUCCCAUUGGCGAUUUUCGACCGUUGACAUUUCUCUGACGUCUGUCGAGGAACAACGUUUUUUUGAUUGCAACGUUGAAGCCUUGGAAAUGCGACGUAACGAAUUAUUUACGAUAAAAGAGCUGGAGAAACAUUCGGGAAACACUAACGUUGACAAAACGCCAGUGAGAUAACUGCCUAAAGUGUUUUUCAGAUAGCAUCGGUACGGUGACAGUCGCCUGUAUGACGUUCGUGACUAUCGUGAAUCGCGGCAAACUUUAAACAGUGAAACGAACUGUCACCCGCACCAUCCUACAUGAAAAGAAAUGUAAGGAAGCAUUCCGUUAACUGUAUCAUCCGUGCAAUUUGUACACUGUAGAUUGUCAUAGGCAUAUCCAGCGAAAAAAUUACAUCAUCGACAUAAUGCAGAUUUUUGAUUUAUUAUUAACUUGCGGAUCAUUAAAGUGCUUUUUUUUCCGCCGGUAUUGGUCGACAUUUGUCUCUUCUCGUGAUAUGCCGUAGUGCACAUCGUACCUAGGCCUAGUGAAUGAAUAUCAUAAAAUCUUAAACACAAUUAUACAAUCUGUGAUUACUGAUGAUGAAUUGCAUCAUUUUGGUAUUGAUCGAGUACCAAGAUCUACUCUUACAAUAAUGCAUGAGAUAUAAUAUAUGUAAUCGUAUUUUAAAAGGCUAAGGCUGCGUCUGUAUAAAAAAUAGUUCGCUAGAUCUUAUUGUUCUAGACACCUGCUAGUGUUUUCUUUUUUCUUGUCUUUUUAGUUAGGUUUACUAUUGGGAAAAGUCGAGUUAAAAUGCAAUUAAUAGGAAUAUCACUUUGUAUAAUAACUGUUAGACAUUAUUCCAUAGUCGAUUUUUAUUAUUAUUUUUUUAUAUUUAAAAGUUUCAAGGGCCUAAAAGGCAAAAAAAAAUGUCAGCCCUGUCGUACCCUAAUUAACAAUUGUCUGUUAUUAACGAAUAUAUAAAUAAUUGUGUUGUCUUACGAACCUAUAGAAAUUUACUGCAAUCCACGUUAUCAAGUACGCGUUCCCGAGAUAAAGGAUCAUGACGGUCAGACUGACAACAAAGUGAUCCAUUAAAAAGUUUCAGUUUUAUCCCUUUUGAAGCACUUAACCUUAAAACAUUUAUGUUUUUAAAGUCUAAAGUUACUGAAUAUGUACUAAAUACCAUAAAAAGAUCGUCUUAAUUGCAAUUUCUUUCAGAAUUUGGAUUUAUCUAAUACACCCUCGCAUUUUGUUCAACAAGUUUAUUACAUAUUUAUUUUGUAAAUAUUUUAUAGUUAUUUAUUUUUAUAGAUACUGCCUUAUUUAUAAUGUUAGUUCAAGGAAAAUAAAAUCGUAGUUAUUUCUUUUAACUUUAAAGGAUCUGACAAAAAUGUGUAGGUCUCUCAAAUGACCUAUGUGAAGCAUAAAUUGUGAUUUAUUUUGUAAAGUUUCAGAAGUUUCAGUCACUGAGUUUUUCCUUGACAUAGUUACACGAGCAAACUAUUCAGUUUAGUGAAGGAAUUUCAGCGCGAAAUCUUUGUUGAUCUCCGACGCGAUGGCGCGUCGCAUGAACGGAGCGUUACACAGAAUUUUUCAGUGCCCACGCAUUGUAAACAAUGACGAGUUGACGACAAAAUCUUUCAAGGUCACUUCAACGAAUUACUUCAUCAUUUCACUGCUACGCCGUUUUAUUUGUGUCAACUGUCAAGCUCCACGAUUGCAUUCCUGGCAUACCAUAAUAUGUCUUAAUAAAAUGUGUUUAUUAUGACUUAGAUAAUGGUAAUUGAAUUUUUAACUCGAUUGUUGGUUGUGAAUGCAAGAAUGUUUUGUAAAGGAUCACGCAAUUUGUUAAAUGAACUAGUUACGAUGAUAAAUUAUAUCAUAAAUGGAUGUCCGACUAAUUAAUCUAGGUUUCUCUUAAGUAGAUUAGAGCCAUCCAUCACGCUGCCCCUGCACGAGCCGUGAUAGCCCAGUGGAUAUGAUCUCUGCCUCCGAUUCCGGAGGGUGUGGGUUCGAAUCCAUGAACCUCCAAAUUUUUCAGUUGUGUGCAUUUUAAGAAAUUAAAGUUCACAUGUCUCAAACGGUGACGGAAAAACAUUGUGAGGAAACCUGCAUACCAGAGAAUUUCCUUAAUUCUCUGCGUAUGUGAAGUCUGCCAAUCCGCACUGGGUCAGCGUGGUGGACUAUUGGCCUAAUCCCUCAUUGUGAGAGGAGACUCGAGCUCAGCAGUGAGCCGAAUAUGAGUUGAUAACGAUGAUCACGCUGCCCCAAUGUCAGUUUACUUUGAAAAUUGUAAUAAUUUGCACAAAAGUUUCGAUAGACGCUUCUAACAUUGAAACAAAAACGCCUAAUUAUUACUUUUCAUUAUGUUCGUUGUAAUAUAAAAUACUUAUUAGAUGGGUGUGUUUACUCAACUCUAUUAAUAUACCUAUUUUUUUUUGUAACGAACUAAUAAACCUAGGCAUCUAUUAUAAUAUGUGCUCUAUCGAACAGCUGUCUGGACAUCUGCCAAAGUAACGAGGAUAGCGUAACUCUUUUGUUUGUAAAAUGGAACUUUAAAUGGGCUCCGACAUUCGAGAUGGUAAACUUGAGGAGCGCUACCGAUCAUUUAGAAAAAAAAAGUUUGUACCUUAUAAGCGCUAAUAGGCUACUUGACUCUUUUUUUAAAUGGUCUUAUAUAGUUCAUUAUCGUUCUACUAGACUAAAAAAAAUCAUAUUUUUUUAGACUUGAUUACAUGAAAAUAUUAGCUUUUAUAUAUGUUUUUGGCUAGACGAGCCAAAACGCCUGUCGGCCAUGGCAGUCUAUAUUUCAAAUGUUUCAUGACGUCACUAGAAUAAAUCCCAUACAAAUGGAGCGUUUGACAAAAUAUUAGUUAACAAUUAGUUCAACGUUUAGUACAUCAAGGGUGUUAGUGACGUCACAAAAUGGACGACAGCAUUUUUGACGUUUGGAAAAUUUGAAAAAUACGUGAUAUUUAAAUUAAGUUUUAAAAGAAAUCCUUAACUUUUAUUAAUUGAUAUCGAUAUAUUUCGGACCCUUAUUCCAUGUACUACACGAAAUUAAUAUUGUUUGUUUUUAAUUUGAUAUGAGUCAACUACCCUAUUACAGUGACUAUUGUAAAUCAUUUUAUAAAUUACCUGUUAUCUGUCUAUGUCAUAAAUAUUUAUAUUGUAUCAUAAAUGAUUUUGCGUGAGCGACUUUUCAUAUCUUAACAAGACCAAAUGUAUUGUAGUUUUUUUUUGUUAUUUAUGAGAUCGUGGUUACCGUAUUUUUAUAAAAUGACUACCCAACAUUAAUAUGUUUAUCUGCGGGCCUAUUAACUAUUUUGGUCUUUGUUAUCAACUUAUUAAAAUAAACAUCAAAUCAAUUGACAUACUCGUAAUGUCAUUUACCUACUGUGUGAUAUCCAUCAGUAAGCACCUGAUGACAUUUCUAGGUACAUUUAAUCUCAAUUUCGUUAAUGUCAACUAGCAUAGGUCAAAGAUAGUGAAUAAGCCUGCUCAGUAAUGAUGACAACACACAAAGCGACACCCACAGUAAGGCCUAGUUCGGACUACUUUAGUAUUUUAGUCGAGUCUCUAUUCGAUCUAACCGAUCGACACCUUGAGCGAACACUUCAUUGCAUUGUUGGUGUAUGAGUGAAAUAUUUUUAAAUCAUUCAACGUGUGUGAUUGGGUGUUGCCAUUAAGUAUUUUACCAUAUAACAUUCCUUAAGUGCUGUAUAAUAUAGGUAUAGCAUUGCUUUACUAUAGGUAUAAGUUGCGGCUUCAAUGCGAUGUUUAAAAUUUACAAGACAAUACGCAUUUGUAUAAUUAAUUUAUAGCAAAUGGAUUAAAUUUGUAUAAAUAAAAUACCAACUUUUUUAUUUUCUUUAAACACCAUGACUUUUGACAUGAUCUUUCAAAAGCUUCAUAGAGACCGUGUUUCCCAGCAAUAGCACUGCUACAGUCCGACCGCUCAGAGAUUGCGUCUAGCUUGAACUUUCAAAAACUUCAUAGAGACGGUCUCUCCCAGCAAUAGCACUGCUAAAGUCCGGCCGCUCAGAGAUUGCGUUUCUGAAAUGUCGUGAUCGAAUGGGACAAACAUAUACAAUUCCAAUUGGCUAGUUAUUUUGUCUCAUCACUACAAAGACAAACAGUUGGCAUACCCUUGAAACAGCGCAGUUCAAUAACCUUGUACGCCAGUUCUAAGUUACAUCGCCCAUUCGAUCACGACGAGAAACGCAAUCUCUGAGCGACCGGACUUUACCUAUAUAACAUUAAGCUGCUUUUGAAAAAUAUUUGAGAAGCCUCUCUCUCUCUUGCCAAAAGCAAAAACAUAGUGGUAGCACUACCUUUACUGUUAUUAAACAACAACCAAUUAUUGAUAGUUUUAUCAGAUUAUUAGAAUCCUAUUGGAAAAUUGUAUAAUUACUUACAUAUUUAGAUGACUUGAAUUUAAUUAAAUUUAAUGAACGUAAAUCAAGAAAUCAGCUACCUUAGUACCCAUAACAUUUCGGGGUUAGAGACCUAGGUAUCUAUAUCUAUGUAAGGUAAGUAUUUUCCAAAUAUAUUUAUCUUAUUAUUAUUAUAAUUUAAUAUCUUAAAAUAUAAUACUUAAAAAUAAUAUAAUUUAUUAUCUUAUUUAAAAUAAGAACAUAAUAUUAACCAAAUAAAAUAUAAAUUAUUAACAACUUAGCAAGGUAGCUGCAGUCCCAAGUGGAUUUUUGGAUUUACCGCCCAAAGAUCGUUCAGUACUCGACUAAAAUACUAAAGUAGUCCGAAGUAGGCCUCAAGAUACUGUAGUUAAAAGGUCGCACUUUAAUUACUGUUUAAUACGACACAAAAGAUUGCUUUGUUUGGUUGCGUUUAGAAGCCAGGUGUCAAGAUAAUGCGCACGGGUUAUACGUAGUCGCGAGUUUGAAUUAAUGUGUUCCUUAGGCCUAACUGAAAAGAGGGUAAAUGGGAUAAAUGUAUAAAAAAAAUCAAACUAAAUCUAUAUUGAAAUAUAUUUUAAAACACGAUUUCUCCCUUUGAUCUUAGAGGCAUAAAUUCUCUGUCUAUUCUAUAGUUUACAUUCCUCCGAGGGCAAAUGAAUGAUGACAGGUAAACACUACUGUCAAUGUGUCAAGUGUCAGUUUGACAUUUACCUAAUUACUAAUGGCCAAGCCUAUCUUUUUACGUUGAGAUUUUGUUCUAAUUUAUUUUAUUUUUGUAAAUCAGAAAAUAAUUUUACAGAAAUGGUUGUUAAAAUUUAUAUAAGUGGUAUCUCCGGGAACAAAGAGGCGA